CGCAAUCAAGUAAUUAAAAUUAAUUAAUUAGUUUUCCGCUGGACGUCUCGCUCUCCUUCACUUCGAUUCCUUUUCUAGGUUUCGCUUUUUGUUUCUCGAUUAGGGUUUUCGAAUUCUUCUCGGAUUUUUCUAUCCUCCUUCGAUUCAGCCUCGGAUUAUCCAAUUUGUUUCCUUAAAUUGGGGGUUUGAUUGGUGAUUCUUUCCUCUGUCUCUGUGGAAAUCUCUUGUUUUCUAGGGUUUGAGCUUUGGGUUUGGGUCUUUGGAGGUCAUGAGCUUCACGGCGACUGGCGGAGCCGAUGAUGGCUCUGCCCAACAGAAGCCCCCUGAUCCUGACAUCCGAGAGAAGGAUCCAACCGGCCGAUAUAUUUGCUAUAAGGAGAUCUUGGGAAAAAGAAGUAUUCUGGACUGUAUAUAAAGGUUUUGAUAAAGUAGAUGGUAUUGAAGUAGCAUGGAAUCAAGUCAUGGUCUCUUCAGCUGAAACUCCCCAGGAUUUGGAGCAGUUGUACUCUGAAAUUGAUCUCUUGGCAACCUUAAAACAAGAAAACAUCAUCAAGUUCCAUACUUCCUGGAUUGAUGAUCAGAAAAAGACCUUUAAUAUUAUUACUGAGUUGUUCACCUCUGGAUAUUUGAGACAGUAUUGGAAGAAGCAUAAGACUGUGGACAUGAAAGCUUUUAAGAGAUGGGGAAGGCAGAUAUUGAUGGGGCUUGAGCACCUCUGCAGUCAUCAGCCUCCGAACGCACACCGACACUUGAAGUCUGACUAGUUAAAAAAAAAAAGUUAGAUGUAUGAUAUCAAAAUUAUUAGAUAUGAUUAGGGCGUUUUUAUUAAAAAUUACAUGGAAAAAAAUUAGUACAUAAGUAAAGCUGCAUCAAAUGUUAUAAAUAUUCAUUAUAUUUUUUGUGGAUGAGGUGAACAAACCGCCCAUUUCAA